CUGCUGGGUUCUUGGCGGGAUUUAUCACCUUGAUCGUUAAGACGGUGCCUCGUCACCACCACCGCCCGCCGCCGCCGGAUAAUUACACACUGGCGCUGAACAAGGCCCUCAUGUUCUUUAAUGCCCAGCGAUCUGGGAAACUACCAAAGCACAAUAAUGUAUCAUGGAGGGGAAACUCGUGUUUAAAUGAUGGGGAGUCUGAUUCUUCAACUUUGUUUAAAGAUUUGACUGGUGGCUACUAUGAUGCUGGAGACGCAAUCAAAUUCAAUUUCCCUCAAUCUUUUGCCAUGACUAUGUUGAGUUGGAGUGUGAUAGAAUACAGUGCAAAGUAUGAGGCAGCUGGAGAGCUUAACCAUGUCAAAGAUAUUAUCAAGUGGGGGACAGAUUACUUCCUCAAGACUUUUAAUCACACUGCUGAUACAAUAGAUCGAAUUGUGGCACAGGUUGGAAAAGGUGAUACCUCAGGAGGGCCCGAACCCAAUGAUCACUACUGUUGGAUGCGUCCGGAGGACAUUGAUUAUGAUAGACCUGUUACUGAAUGUCAUAGUUGCUCGGAUCUUGCUGCUGAGAUGGCUGCCGCUUUGGCUUCUGCAUCAAUUGUUUUCAAGGACAACAAGGCCUACUCACAAAAGCUUGUCCAUGGUGCCAAGACUCUCUUUAAAUUCUCUAGGGAUCAGCGUGGUAGAUACAGUACUGGUACCGAGGCUGCAAUUUUCUAUAAUUCCACAAGUUACUGGGAUGAGUUUGUGUGGGGUGCUACUUGGUUGUAUUAUGCUACGGGGAACAAUUCCUAUCUUCAGCUUGCUACAACUCCUGGUAUUGCCAAGCAUGCUGGUGCUUUCUGGGGUGGCCCGUAUUAUGGUGUACUAAGUUGGGACAAUAAGCUUGCCGGAGCUCAAGUGCUGCUGAGUCGAAUGAGACUAUUCCUGAGCCCUGGCUAUCCUUAUGAAGAAAUUUUGAGAACAUUCCACAACCAGACUAGUAUAUUCAUGUGCUCGUUCCUACCAUAUUAUUCAUCAUUUAACAGAACAAGAGGAGGCAUGAUCCAGUUAAAUCAUGGAGCACCUCAGCCUCUUCAGUAUGUAGUCAAUGCAGCUUUCCUGGCUACAGUUUUCAGUGACUAUAUGAAAGCUGCCGAUACACCUGGUUGGUACUGUGGGCCGCAUUUCUACUCAGCCGAUGUCCUUCGGGAAUUUGCACAGACCCAGAUCAAUUACAUCCUUGGGAAAAAUCCUAGAAAGAUGAGUUAUGUUGUGGGCUUUGGCAAUCAUUAUCCGAAGCGUGUCCACCACAGAGGUGCCUCUAUUCCCAAGAACAAGGUCAAGUAUAACUGCAAGGGAGGAUGGAAAUGGAGGGACUCGUCCAAGCCAAAUCCUAAUACUAUUGUCGGAGCUAUGGUUGCUGGCCCAGACAGGCACGAUGGUUUCCAUGACGUCCGUACAAACUACAACUAUACAGAGCCAACACUUGCAGGCAAUGCAGGCCUGGUUGCAGCUCUUGUUGCUCUAUCUGGCGACUCGAGCGUGGGGAUUGACAAGAACACAAUUUUCUCUGCUGUGCCACCCAUGUUUCCAACACCACCACCUCCACCAGCUCCUUGGCGGCCAUGAGUCUACUCCUUGCCUUUCCUUUCUGCUGUGUGACUGUGGAUAAAGUUUCUUGAUGUGUUAGCUAAUUUUGGGAAGAUCUUUAAGGACAAUGGAAAGAUACAUAGGACUAGGUGGAUGAAGAGCACCUGGACAACAGAUGGGCCAAUCUACGGCUGGAAAAGUUGGACUGUCUUGAAGAAGUAAACGGGGCCAACCCCAUUUGUUCUGAAGUUGUGAUAUAGUAUGUAUGUACGUAUUAAAACCAACAUAUAUUCUUUGGACAAUAGAGUUUGAAUGUGAACUGUCACUAUGCGUCUUAAUAAACUCUCACAAUGUCUGACUUGGCUCAGCAUAGUCUCGUUUUCUUUA